AUGCCAUAUUUAUGGCUGAAAAGUCAUAAAGAUUAUUCCAAUCAACCACUUCGUACUGAAGGAUUCCGGGUGUUGUUGGAAAUUUAUAAAACCUUCGAUGAAAAGGCUACAGUCAAAACAAUAAAACAGAAGUUGAUGAACAUGCGCACCAAUUACAAUAAAGAAUUGGCUAAGGUAAAUGCUUCCCAACAAACUGGCGCAGGGACAGAUAAAAUGAGUGAACCAUGUCGCAUAACACCAGAGAGCAUCGAAGAUGAGGAGGGCUCCAAUUCAUCUGACGAAGACAUUCCAAGCCAGCCAAUCGGAUCGAUUGCUUCAACUUCUAGAGGACAUAGCGUAGAGAAAAAAAAGAAACACUUCUACAAAAACAAGAAAGAAUUAUUAAAUCUGCUGAAGUAA